CAAACCCGAUGCCACGGUCCAGGAUAUGUGUCCUGCACGAGCGCGCAGGUGUCAGGAUCACCGUUUGAUUGACGGGCUCGGGUGUGACGUCAUAGUGGGGGCACUAACGAGUUUUGCCAAAGAAAAGCUUGUAGAUCCACAGAGGUACAUCAUGCAUUCUGUUGAACGCUGAACAUCAGGUGAAGGUUCUCUCCGAGGUGUUUCGCAGUGACAGUAUCGGGUGGUAAGAUCUAAAAUUAUUCUAUUAUAGGCUAAGCUAUCGGAUAAUUCUUCACGGCAGCAGCAGCAGCAGCAAACUGAUACAGUAUUACCUCCGUGUUCCGGACUGCAUCAGUCUAGGAUUUAAAACAAACUCCGAACUGAGAAAACAUCAGUUUACCAUAGGAAAACUGCGCUCAUCUCUCUUUUGUACCUCCAAAUAGAACCCGUGAAGCAGCUGACAAUGGCAGGCUAGAGCUCCUUUGUAGUUUUCUCUGCGGAUGGGCCGGAAGAUAAGAUAGUGUUGGCAAAAUCAGUGUUUAUACUGCAUUUCAUGCCUUUUCCAAACUCUUGUGUCACUUCGGAAUAUACUUGCGAGCAGAAGUGUUGUUAUUGUUUAUAUACUCACGGGGUUCUAUCUGUAUCCGCUCAGUGUCAGGAUCAGGCGUUCCUGUGUCGCCACACAAAGGCGAAUGAAUGCAGCGCUGCCUAUUGUGUGUGUGUGCAACUGGACCGACAGCCUUAUUUGUGAUUUCUUGCCUUCAUUCGCAUGUUUAACAAGUUCUCCAUUUUUACUAUAUUUCAUUAUUUUACGUUACCAAACAGGUUACUUGCUUCUGCCUAAACAUGAGCUUCUAAAAUCAAUCAAUCAAUCAGCCUAACGGAUCUGGUUAAUACCACUUAGUCUCUAUUUUGCUGUAACGUUCAACAAUACAUCGCAUCAGCUUGCACGGUCAGCGCCAUAGUCAUAUGCAUUAUUUAUAAAGUUUGGCUCACCCACUUGUGUGGUCCAUGGGUUUCUGUAUUCUCCUGCUUGAUAGAAAACCAUUGUUAUUUUGAAAGCUAGGGGAAGUGUAAUGCUCAUACUUGAGAUGGAAAAGAUGAAAAGUUUUAGAUGAUGAAAAGACAAUGGCUUGAUGUACAAGUAAGCACUCAAAACUGAAGUGGAUACCUUGAAAGGACACUUUAGUUUAUGAGAUUUAAUGUAAGUCAGACUGUAUUACGUUUUGAAAUGACACUAAAUGCUCUCUUGCUAAAUUUACAUUCAAAGGUGAAGUAUGUAAUUUCUGCACCACCGAACAGUAGUGCACAAAUAAACAUUGUUUUCAAACAGCUUUCCAAAUGAAAACAGAUAGUCCCGCCCCCAACUCACGCCAUUGGUUGAGUCAGUGUUGUUGUGUCGCACUGGAUAGGCCGCUCAAAACAAACAAAGGAAUUUUAAAGCACCACAGAGACACAGUGUUUACAGUUUUCGAGAAAAUUAACCUACAAAUACUUACUUUGUUUGCACUGCAUAUUAAGCUGGGACAGGAGAACGUAUUUUAACACUGAAAAUGUUACACACAAUGUUACGAGCAAGAGUGCUGUUGUUUCAUAUAUCAGCAAGGCUGUGAUUUGGUCGUAGGUGCAAGGUUGCAGGCUUCUAUACAACAGUUAAAUUGAAUUAACUUGCAUUUAGAUAAAAAUUGGCCAGUUUGUUUGUACAUUUUUUCUCCACCAGCAAAAAUAGUUCCAAAACAACCUAAAGCAUCAAGUACAACUCCACUCUCUGCACUGCUCAUGGUGUUUUGUUUGUAAACGAAUCAUCUUUUUUGAAUGAAUCUUUCAUGUGAAUGAAUUUGCAUACAUUGUUUGGGUGGAGAAAGGACUCUGUGUUGAGUCAAUGACUGAAUGACUCGCUCAUGACAUGAAAGAUGCUCAUUUGUCGUCACCUGCUGGAGUAAAUAUGCAAUCUCCAGAAAUGGUGACAACGAAUCAGUGAAUGAAAUCAAAAUGAAUGAUGAAUCAACCACUAUUUGGAACAUCACGAACACGGAGAAGCAGAGCAAUACAAAUAUUGAAGCAUCCCAGUGCAACACCGCUCGUCCAAUCAGAAUUCGAGGACUGGAACUAACUAAAAUAAUAUAGAAAACCACCAACUAGAAAGCAUUCUGAAAACUAAUUUGAGCUUGUGAAAAUCUGAGUUUGCAGUAUUUUUAAUAGGAUAUAAUGUCUUGUUUUCAUCCAUUGCCUUUCAAAUAUAAAUUUUAUUGUGGCUUUGCUUAGUAUCUAAUAAUAUUUCUGUUCUGUCUUUUUCAUUUUCUCCACUGGAGGGAAUGCGUGAGGAGCAUGACAGAUAACUGUGUCAGGAACAUGGAGGGUACAGGACAGCCUGGAGCUGGAGACGGCAAGUGAAGGCUCUUAGAUUAUAGAAGGAACACACCCACAUUUGCAGUACCUGGCACUAAUGUAAAAGUCAAACAUCACAGAACAUCUGCAAGUCCAGUCUGUCCAUUUGGAGUGUAAUUCAGUUUGAGUAUAAUGUGCAGUGUUUUUGGGGCAGAGAUAGAUUACUUCGUUUCAGUUUAUCUACUGUGUCUGUGACCAGGCACUGGCUGACUGUGGGAUGUUGCUAUGGAAACACUUGCCCUGCACUAGGCCUCUCACAGGCAAUGCCCAACUGCUCCUCUCUAAGCAAUGGCCUGGCAGAACACUUCCUCGUUCAGAUAUGGCUUUGAUCUUGGGGGACAUUAUCAGGAUCUACAUCUGCUGGGCACCGGAGCAUCCGGCCUCGUCCUCUCUGCGGUGGACAGGCGCAGUGGCCUGCGUGUGGCGGUGAAGAAGCUGGUAAUGCAAGAUGCUGUGAGUGUAAAACACGCUCUGAGAGAGGUGAAGAUCACCCGCCGCCUUCAGCAUGAGAAUGUGGUCAGGGUGUAUGAUGUGUUAGGGCCAUCAGGUCACCCCUUACCACGUGACCUCACCCAUGUGCCAGCAAUAUACAUUGUGCAAGAGUGUAUGGAAACAGACUUGGCACGGUUACUAGAGCAAGGGCCGCUGCCAGGCGAACACGCCACCCUGCUCUUUUAUCAGCUUCUUCGUGGGCUCAAGUUCAUCCACUCGGCCAACGUGCUGCACCGUGACCUGAAGCCAGCAAACAUCUUCAUCAACACUGAGCAACUGCUGCUGAAGAUCGGAGACUUCGGCCUAGCUCGCAUUGUCGACCCACAUUACUCUCACAAGGGAUACCUGUCAGAGGGAAUGGUAACUAAAUGGUAUCGUUCUCCACGACUGCUGCUCUCUCCAAAUAACUACACAAAAGCAAUUGACAUGUGGGCUGCAGGCUGCAUUCUGGCUGAGAUGCUCACAGGACGCAUGCUGUUUGCAGGUGCUCAUGAGCUGGAGCAGAUGCAGCUGAUUUUGGACACUGUGCCUGUGAUUAGGGAGGAAGACAGGCAAGAACUGCUACGGGUCAUGCCUUCUUUUGUCAGCCAAGGCUGGGAGGUCAGAAGGUCACUCAGAGACCUGCUGCCAGAGGUGGAGGAGAAAGGCAUUGAUGUCCUGGAGUGUAUCCUCACAUUUAAUCCUAUGGACCGGCUGACGGCAGAAGCAGCUCUGUCUCAUCCAUACCUGCAGAGAUACUCGUGUCCUCAGGACGAGCCAGUCUCUCAGCAGCCGUUCCGCAUAGAGGACGAGCUAGAGGACAGUUUGGCCACUGAGCACGCUCAUGCAUUCAGCUCCCACUGGGACAGGUUUAAUGGGAGUCUGUCAUCAGACAGGUAUUGGCAGCAGCAGGAGCAGUGUGGGUGCAUGCAGAGCGUCUCGGAGCUUGGAGAGGUAGAAGAGGAUGAAGUUCAAAGAGAUCCACGAGCAAGUGGCUCUGUGUCCCUCAUUGAGGAGGCCCAGGUAGAUCCUCGCAAAUACUCUCACAGCAGCUCUGCCGAGCGUUUCCUGGAGCAGUCCUCUCUGGACCGGGUCUGCGGUCACUUAACGGAGCUAGACUGUUGUCGUUCCUGUGAUUACAAGGUCGGCUCUCCCUCCUACUUGGAUAAGAUCGCAUGGCGGGAGGGGAAGCCACAGCACUACUCUGAACCAAAGCUAAUACUGGACCUUUCUCACUGGAGACAUAACAGCAUGUCGGCUCCAAGAGGGGGCAGUAUGGAAAAGCUUGUCUCAGAGCCUGGAGAUUUAUUCAAGGAGAUCUCCCGUUGGGUGGAGAGCACACAGUCAGGGCUCCACUCUCCUGGUUCUCCUCAUGAACCUCACACCUCACCAUGUUCUCCUCCUCAACCCCUCUCCCCUACAAUGCUGCCACAUCCUCACAUGCAAAUCCAAGCACCUUUACUACUGUCCACCCCUGACCAUCUACAUGAAGACAGCAGAAGUCCUACCCCUUUCUUCUCCUCUCCUCCUUCUCUUUUGCCCUCCUCCCCUUCCUCUCCUCAUCACGGUUUAUCUGAUUAUCCGUCUUCCUCAGUUUGUUGUGAAAAUGAUGUGGAUCCUUCACAGAUGGGCCCCUCAAGAGAGGAACAUUUUGACCUGGAUGUGUUCAUCGCUCAAGCUCUUAGAUUUUGUAGUCAGAGUGAGGUACUAGGGGAAAACUCUAAUGCUCCCAAACAGAGCAAUAAAAGCUGUGUUCAUAAUGUCUCGGACAACAGUGCUUCCAAAACACAAACUCCAACCCCUGAGAUGGUUAAAGCUCAAGGGUGUAUUAAAGAGCACUGGUUUUGAAUGAUUCUGCAUCUUUGAGCACUUUUCCACCAUCGAGCCGAACAGUUCUGCACAUGGUGAGUAUCAGUCCCAGUAGCAUUUCCACUUAAACACAGUUCGGAACGGUAUGAUUACAAACUGUUCCCAAGUCGAAUUUCUCAACAUGGUUAGCCAAGUGGAUUCAAGAGAGAACCAUGCUGGUGUAACGGCUUCAGUGACAUGGCAACUCACGACUGGUCACUUGCUCAGUCAGUCUAUUCUAUUGGCUAAUCCUGAUUUCGCAGCACCACAAUGAAAAAAGAAACCAUAAGAGUGCAAACGAACCGGGAUUGGUACGGAACGACACGUUUCCCCAUUGGCCUGAUGGUGGAAUAGCACCAUUUGAUUAGUGCAACUUAUUUAAUUUGCCAUGAAUGAAUGUGACUACUUUUGUAGACCAGAGGGUUUUGAUAAUGUUGUUUUAUCACCCAAAUCUGAGAUUCUGUAAUUCAUCAGAAUUUGGUAUAAAGUCUGUAUUUACCCCUAGAAUGAGGAUUACCUGGGAAAAAUAUCUGAGAUUUCACAUUUUCAAGCAAAUAAUGUAAUUAAGUGGCUGUUUUAUUUAAUUUUACUAAAAGCAUUUUAUGAAAUUGUAUUCCUUGUGCAACACCAGGGAAGGCUUUGCCUGUUUGGUGGUAAUAUAGCGCAACAGUUUAGUUCCAGAAGUGAAAAUCCCAUUCAUUUUUUCUAUAGAAUAGUUAAUUUUUAUAGAUAACUUACAAACUUUUAAAAACAGACCAACCAUGAGCUCGAAGGUUGUUCAUCGAUAUUAUAUGCUUCUGUUGAAGCCAUCAGUCUGCGUUAUUUCAACUUCAUUGUUUAAAAUUUGUAUUCAAUAGCGGAGUUCCUGGAGAACAACUACUGUACACCCGUGGUCCAGCAGAGAACGAUCCACCAAGAAUGGUGGCCAAGAAAGCCCGCCAAACAAGCCUGGUAGCGAUCGCUCACUCCCAUGACACACUGUGAAAGACGCAAAAGAGUCUUUCUCCUUCACCCUCAAACUUACAUAUUUGUAUAUACCGGAAUAUUUUGAAAUAACUAUAAACUAAAUUGUUUCUAUAGUUAUAAUCAACAACAUAAAAUUAAAGUUUUAUAUAUUUCCAUCGUUUUAUAUUCGAUUACUUCAUUCGCAAUGCUUCAUGGGAUUGUACUUCAUGUCCUCAUAAAAAAUGGAAAGUACACAGUCUAGUACCUGUGUCUUUUUGUCCAAUUUUCAAAUACUAAAAUAUUGUGACCCACCUUGGAGCUGACUGGUUUGGUUCAUGGCUUAGACUUUUCAUAAAAUCCUUCAUAAAAGAAUUCUAUGGAAAAAAUGAAUAGGAAAAAUAGUUUGAGAACCCAGGCAGCUGAAGAAGUGGGCAGGCACUGUUGCGCUCAAUUUCAGAUGUUUUAAUUCAAUGUUUUGUAAUACAUUAAUUCUAUUUAGCACAAACUUUAGUCAGUGCUAUUUGAUCAUUAAGAAUUCAUUAAAUAAGUGGAAGAGGUGUUUAAAGCAGUUUUACACCUAAAGAAAUAAGGACUUUUGAUAAAUGUUUAAAAUGAUGUACACUCGCAUGAAAUUGAUUAGACUGCAUUAAGUGCCACGUUAAACCCAGAUUUUGAGAAUAAAGUAGUAACAUUACGAGAAUAAUCUCAUAAUAAGCCUUUUAUGAGAACGAAGUCAAAGUUUUGAAAAAAAAAAAGUAGUAAUAUUUUGAGAAAGUCAUGAAACAUCCAUGCUAUUUAAAAUAAGGGUGGCUCUAAUUAUAGCGGCCAACAUGUUAUCAAUAUUAGAGACCAGCUGAAUAUGACCACUUUAUCUCAGAAACCUCACUAUUAUUGGACACUUUUGAUUAAGGAAUUUAUUAAUCAUAGGUGACAAAUACGUCUGUGCAUUGGGCAUAUAUACAAUGCCAAGGGUUGCUGAAUCAGCCAGCAAAAUAAUAAAAAAUAAAUACUUUGUACACCUUUAAAACAUCAAUCAAAAAUUAUAACAGGAGAUGGGCAGUUUUGUUAUUCUUUGUAAUUUUAAUUCCCAUAAUUUAAUGAGUUAAAAUGCAGACAGCUUUCACAAAGUUCCAAACAGAAAGAAAACAGCAAUAGUACAUAUGCAGAUUUGUAAGUCUAAAGCCCUGUCUUUAAAGAUGGUACCAGACAGUUAACAGCAUAGCAUUCACAUCAUUGCAAUACAGACAACACACAGCAGGCAAUCAGCAGGCCAUCAGAGGAUUGGGCUACACUCUAUUUUCAAGUGCAGAUAAAUUAUAUUAGUACAAUAUGGGGGAGUCUCACAAGGCUGAAAAGAACAGUUAUCCUCUUAUCAACACAACAAGCUAUAAUUUAUGCUUUCAGGUUUCCAAAUCUUACAUCGCUACUACAGCCCAGUGUUAUACUGCCUAUGUGAAGGAUUUUGCUAUGUACACAUAGUGAUGCACUGCUUCCUGCUAUGUCAUAGCAGGAAGGCUUGAUGCAAAAUAUUGGAUGCCGGUUAGUAAAAACCUUUACUGGAUCUUGCUGUGCCACUGUCGGUCUAAACAUUGGUAUUGCCAUUGCUGGUGCAGGUCUGACUGACCACAGCUCAAUAUUGCGUUUCAGGGAAACAAAAUUACAAAGUUAUUCAGCCUUACUUUUCAAAAAUAAUCAUGAAAAAUCAUUGAAAUUUAACAACGCACAACCACCGUCUCUCUCACACAAAGGAGAGUCUUCCCUGGGCAAGAAAUAACAAUGGAUAUAUGGAGCCAAUCCACAAGAAUUGGCAAACCUCUGCCUGAACUGUUCUUACAUUGUCUUUUUUUCUUUUCUUUUUUUUUUACGAUAAAAUCAUCUACAAGACAAUGUUUGGUGGUAUUUAGGACUGAACAUUCUUGUAAUAUUUACUUUUCAUCUUAAUUGUUGCUCAGGUCUGUUUUGAGCCCAGUUCACUCUCCAUGUGAGAAGUCACCACCCAAGUAGAACUCAUGUAGAAAAAUAUAGUUUAAUGAAAUGUAUAUAUAUAUCUAUUCAUUUCUUCUUUUUUAGUUUUACUUUAAUCAUAUUCACCAUGUAAAGUUGUGUACUACAUGUAGCAGUCUAAGGUAACACAGGAUCAUAAUGAUUUACACUGCUGUAACACAAAAUGACAUGAAACACCUUGCACUAUGCCUGGUUAUUUCACAUUUAAUUUGUGAUUAAUCAUUAGUCUUUGAUUGGCAAUUUUAGGCAACUGCAAUGAGUUAUUCUACAAUAUGAUUACAAUGUAAACACCACAGUACUGAAGUUAGUGUAUCCAACACACAGUAAAGCACAACAUUACAAGGCAAAUGGCCAUUUAAGCAUAGAUUUGUUUUUCAUGAAAAAUAAAAACAAGUAAUAAUACACAGAAACAGCAACACUUUGCAGUGGUUCAAAGCCACACAUUUGUACAGUUUCCAAAUCUGGUGACUUAAGGUAUCGGUCACACCUCUUUCAUUCUUAAGCCUAGUAAUAUCAUUUUAUGUGAGCCUGGCCAUAUUUUGGACUAAAGUCAUGUUACAUUUUUGGUUUCGUGCCCACAAAAAUCAACCUAUGUUUUUAUAUGUUGACCUCUCUCCAUAUAACACAUUUGUGCCACUGAAUCAUACAUCAACCUGAUAUUCUGAUUUUAAAACAUGUCUCGGUGCGAUAUUACAUGUAUUAGAGGCUUUAUCAGUGAGGCUGAAUCAAGUAGCUGGAUUCUGAUAUGAGAUUCACCAAUAGCCAGGCCCAUCACAGGGCUUCCGACACCGCCUCUCAAAAGUUCAUGUACGUAUGUGAAUGUGGGCGUAGUGGGUAAGUCCAUGUUUGUGUGUUUUUAUGUGUGCUAAUUAGGGGGUUUUGGCUGCUCUGGCACAUACAGGAAUUAUGUUGGCAUUAUCCACUGGGCUCUACUGACGUCUAUGACUAGACUGAAAAGACUGGGAUAUUCUGUUACAUAACAUCCUUUAUAUAGCUUCCACAAUACAGUGUGGAGAUUUGUUUGAAAAUUCUUUAGAUUGCAAUUAGUGAACACUGUCAAAGAAUAUGGCAAUUCAACUUGAAGACCAUCAGAAUAUUUUGUAAAAAAUAUCAGUUUUACAAAAAGAGAAUAAAAUUAAAUGGAUCCAAAUCAUCUAUGGAUAUGUAUGAAAUAAAAAAAAAAAAAAAAAAGAAA